AUGUCUUCUCUUUUACUUAGUCAUAAAGAACGUUGUGAAGGUCCAUGGGUUAAAUUACAGUCGGAACCUUCUCUUUUUACAGCUUUGAUGUAUGAUUUGGGUGUUAAAGGUGCUAAAGCAACUGAAGUAUUUGUUCUUGACCAACAAGAUAACUUUGAUGACCUCGGAGAAAUCUACGGUUUGGUUUUUCUUUUUAAGAUGAUAGGUGAUGUAACAGGAGAUGUUAAAGGUUUACACAAAGGUACCGAUUAUGAACCUCUUGAAGAAUAUCCCAAGAACGUCUAUUUUGCCAAUCAGGUAGUAGAAAAUGCUUGCGCUACUCUUGCUGUGUUGAAUAUCGUCUUGAAUUGUCCACAAUUGGAAAUAGAUCAAGAAUUAAAAGAAUUUAAAGAAUUUACUUGGGAUCUUCCACCAGCUACUAGAGGUUUUGCUAUAACUAAUCAUCCGUCUUUACGUCAAAUUCAUAAUUCAAUGGCCAGACAUCCGGAAGAUUCAUUAAUAGUUGAAGAACCGAGCAAGAAUGGAGGUUCUGAAGAUGAAGGUGGUGGUGAAGUUUAUCAUUAUAUCGCUUAUGUUCCUAUUGAUGGUGAAGUUUGGCAAUUGGAUGGAUUAUAUCCGCAUCCUGUUAGCUUAGGCAAAUAUUCUAAUGAAAAACAAUGGUAUGAUGCUGCUCGUGGUGUUAUCCAUGAACGUAUUGACGGAUUUCAUGCAGAACAAGUAGAAUACGUUCUUCUAGCUAUAACUAAAGACCAAAUAGGCAUUCACCAAGAUAGGGUCGAUUUUCCUUUUACUGAUGAUGACGAAGAAAAGGUUAAAAAGCGUGGGAAUUAUGUGAUUGAUUUUUCAACUUUGACUGCGUAUCAUGAUGAUAUCGAAAUGAUUGAACAAUUAAGAGCCAAGAUGAUAGAUGAAAUUAAAUUUUUGAUGGAAGCUAUUGAUAGAGAAAAUAAGCUGAAAACGAGAGAAAGACGAACAUUUGAUUAUGGUCCAUUUAUACGCGAAUUUAUUUCAAUUCUUCAUGAACGAGGAGAAUUGAAAGGCUUGAUUGCGGCUGCAGAAGACAUGUUAGAGGAUGAAUAG